GAAACUCAGUCAACAGAUUAUCAGCAGGAGUGAACUGAUGUCCUCACUGGGUUUCUGAAGACUUCCUUUAGUGAGAAGCAGAUUAACUUUGUGCUUGUUGGAGUUUCUACAGGAAGAUGAAGAUGUUUGUGGUGUUUGUGAUCCUCGUGCACGUUUCCCAGCAUGCCUCAGCUGUGGAGCUGUAUGAGGGGGAGGAGUUUGUCCUGCUGCCCUGUGAGUUGAACACUUUUGACCUGGACGACCCCACAGUGGUGUGGAGCCGCUGCGAUAUCAAUCCUCCAACCGUCCACCAGCGUCAGCAGGAAGGUGACGAACUUGAAGACCAAAACCAGCUUUACAGCGGCCGAACAUCCAUGAUGACUGACGCUCUUGAAACUGGAGACCUCAGCCUCAACCUGACAAAACUCCAGCUCUCUGACAGCGGCAGCUACACCUGCACCGUCAGAAGGUUAGGAGGACAACGGAGAGUGGCAGAGAUACAGCUGAAGGUCAAAGAACGAUUUCCAUCCUGGGCCAAAGUUCUCCUGGUUCUCCUGGUUGUUGGUCUUGUUGCUGCUGGGGGUCUUCUGUUACAUUUCCGGCACUAUUUCAUGUCAGUCUACCAGGUGGAGGUGGAUUCAGGGGUGGUGUCUGUCCAGCUGCCCUGCAAAACCACAGUUCAUCUGCCAAACGACAUCAGAGUAGAGUGGAGGGACAAUUCCUACAGGAAGGUCCACGUGUAUCAGAACGGCUCUGACCAGCUUGAAGAACAGUUCAGUCUUUACAGAGACCGAACAGAGAUGAAGAGAAACCUGUUGAGACCUGGAGACUUCAGUCUGACCCUGAAAUACCCCACAGGCAGAGACGGAGACACCUACACCUGCACCGCCUACAGCAGGGAGGGAGACAUUCUGAUGAAGAAACAAGUGGUCCUCAAGGUCAAAGUCUACAAGGUGGAGGUGGAUUCAGGGAAGGAGUCUGUCCUGCUGCCCUGCAAAACCACAGUUCACCUGCCUGAAGACGUCACAGUGGAGUGGAGGGACAGAGGCAACAUGACGGUCCACGUAUAUAAGAACGGCUCUGACCAGCCUGAAGAACAGAACUGGUUUUAUAGAGACCGAACAGAGAUGAAGAGAAACCUGCAGAGACCUGGAGACCUCAGUCUGACCUUGAAAUACCCCACAGACAGAAAUGGAGACACCUACACCUGCACCGUCUACAGCAAGGAAGGAGACAUCCUGAUGAAGAAACAGGUUGUGCUCCGAGUCAGAGUCUGUCAGGUGGAGGUGGAGGAGGGGGCGGAGUCUGUCCUGCUGCCCUGCAAGACCACAGACAACCUGCCUCAGGACGCUACAGUGUGGUGGAAAUGCUAUGAACCCAAAAAGAUAGUCCACGUGUAUCAGAACGGCUCUGACCAGCCUGACCAACAGGACCAGGUUUACAGAGACCGAACAGAGAUGAAGGAAGACCUGCUGAGAACUGGAGACCUCAGUCUGACCCUGAAAUCCCCCACAGUUGAAGAUGGAGGAGAAUACAGGUGCUACAUCUUCAACAAGGAGGGAAACAUCAUGAGAGAGAAAACAGUUGAUCUCAGGGUCAAAGAGAGAAGCAGGAACAGAAGCAGCUCCGCUGAUCCAACUCCUCUGAUGGCCGAUCAAUCUGUUUGAUCUUUGAUCUUUGAUCCGAUCUGACUCUGGAUCAGAGAGAAAAUGGAGGUGAAGCAGCUGAUGGAGGACGGAUGAAGACAGGAGGACGCUUUGUCAGCUUCUUCUUCACUCUGACUCCUCCUACUGACUCUCACACACAGUCUACACACUCACUAUUGAUUCCUGCUGAUCAGUGAUGUCAGAGUGAGGUCAGCGUGAUGUCACAUGUUGAUCCGCUCUGGGAUCUGGACUUUGGUAAUUUGGUAAACUAUGAAAAGGGACAAAUGGCUGCUUGUAUUUAAACAUAUGGUGUAUUGGUGUUUGACUCAGGACCCCAGUACCACUUACAAAUUGAGUCAACCAUUCCACCAUAUUGGGCCGCACGCCAUAAAAGGUUUGUUCAUCUGACAUGAAAAUAUCACUGAGUUUAAGAAAGGUCAGGAAAGAAAUGGUUUCUAAUGAACAGGGCAGGAGCUGCACAGAGUCUGCUUUACAAGCAUGUGGUUCAAUCUGAAUCUCAAAAUAUGAAUCAUUUUGUUUUUCAUUAUGAACACACUCAAAAGUUUAAUAUCUGAACUUUGCAGUGUAGUCUACGUGAUAUGCAGGUAGAUGCCGUUUACCCACUAGGAACGGUCAAAGAUUUCAAUAUGCCCUCUAAAAAUAGCGAGAUGGCACGUAACAUUGUUUUGUGACAGAACUUUCACACUUUCAUUCAAGAAUUCACCCUUGCAGUGUGCUGACGCUUUUAUCUAAAAUGACUUAGAAUUGGGGUCACACGCCUCUGAAGCAACUAGGGGUUAAAGGUCUUGCUGAGAGAAACAUUGGUGGAAGUGUCACAGUGGGGAGAUGAACCCGGGUCUCUCACACCAAAGGCGUCUUAUCCACUGCACCAUCACCACCCCAGUGAUGCAUUGACUUUUGGGGCUUCCAUAGCCUGUGACUGGGAUCUGACUUUACCUGCUAAACAACAACACAGCUGCCUGACGGUUACUCUGCACAAGUUUAAAAAUGAACUAAUAUCACUGAAGAAGAAAUUAAAUGAAAGCAAACUCAAA